UGCUUCGUCCCGGAGGCCACGCCGUCGCGUGCAUCUUCGCCCCGGCUCGAGGCAGCUCUGCGGGCAGAGAUCAACCUUCGCUUUCAAAGUUUUGCUUGGUCUCCGAGCAAAACAUCCGCAUCGUGCUCCGUGACCGAGCAUCCACCUCCCCCCACGACCUCGUGAAUCUCUCGCGCAGUUCGGGCCGCCUCGAUGGAGGUGGAGCUCCCUGCCCGUGCCGCUUCCCAGCCAGGCAAGGCGAGGGAGACGCCGCCGCCCUCCCCGGUUGCCGCCGUCGCAUCGCUGGCGGAGGACGCGCCGCUCCUCCCGGGCGGCGCGGGCGCGGGCGUGCGACGGCGCCCGGUGAGCGAGCAGUUCCGGCAGCGCAGCGCCUCAUUACGCAGGGAUGUCGGCCGCGCGGCCGCCGAGACCUUUCUUCUCUCCAGGCUCGCGCUCAUCCUCCUCCGCUACCUCGGGAUAGGAUACAGAUGGAUCCGUCAGUUCUUAGCCCUCUGUUGCUAUGCUCUGUUGCUCAUGCCUGGUUUCAUUCAAGUUCUAUAUUAUUACUUCUUCUCAAACCAAGUUCAUAGAAGUGUUGUAUAUGGAGAACAACCAAGAAACAGAUUAGAUUUGUAUAUACCAACUGGCACAACAGAGUCAAAGCCGGUUGUGGCAUUCAUCACUGGCGGAGCAUGGAUCAUAGGGUACAAAGGUUGGGGUGCUCUUCUAGGCAGACGCUUGGCUGAAAGGGGCAUCUUAGUUGCAUGCAUUGAUUACAGAAACUUUCCUCAGGGGACUAUUGGUGACAUGGUAGAAGAUGCAUCCCAAGGAAUCUCGUUUAUCUGCAACAAUAUAGCUAGUUAUGGAGGUGAUCCUGAAAGGAUCUAUCUUGUUGGACAAUCUGCUGGUGCACAUAUUGCUGCGUGUACUCUCCUAAAUCAGGCUAUUAAAGAAUGCGGCGAAGGAGAUACUUCCACUUGGAGUAUUGCGCAACUAAAAGCUUACUUCGGUAUUUCUGGAGGUUAUAAUCUUUUAAACUUGGUUGAUCAUUUCCAUAGGCGUGGUCUGUACCGAUCCAUCUUUCUCAGCAUUAUGGAAGGUGAGGAAUCAUUGAAGAAGUUUUCUCCACAAGUAAUGGUUAAGGAGUCAGCCUCUAGAUCUGCACUUCCUCUAUUGCCACAUAUCUUCCUGUUCCAUGGAACAAGUGACUGCUCAAUUCCAUGUGCUGAAAGUCAAGCUUUCCUUGAUGCUUUACAACAGCAUGGCGCUAAAGCAGAUCUAUUCUUAUAUGAAGGAAAGACGCAUACUGAUUUAUUUCUUCAGGAUCCUCUUCGGGGCGGUAGGGAUAAAAUGCUGGAAGAGAUUGUCGCUGCGAUACACAAUGAUGAUCCAGGCGAGUCUGCCCAGCAUCUUCCUGUGCCUGUUGCACGCCGUCUUGUACCUGAAAUCAUGCUGAUUCUCGCCAGGAGAGUAAGCCCUUUCUGAAGACAACGACUACUCAGUGUGAUCCAAGGGUAGAGGCAGAUGGACAUAUUGUCAACUGAGGCAUGUACUGUAAGAUGUGUAAAUUGGUGGAAGGCACACACGAGGCAUGUACUGUAAAAUGUGUAAAUUGGUGGAAGGCACACACGAGACACUGGAGAUACACACACAGAGACAAAUUCAAAUUAGUUUUUACACGAGUCCUAUAGAAAUUGGACAGAUUAAGGUAAGUUGUUAACGCCUUACAGUGUUGAGAGCUACCCACUGUAUGAAUCGCCCAAGAUGUAUGCUACCAAUUGUGUCGUGUACAUAUGUCAUUGUUGUAUUGUAUCUUUUUUUUGGAUAAUAAUGUAUUUUAUAUUGUUGUGCUAUUGACUCAGCAGAAUAUUUUGUGAGGUUAUGAAUGUUUGGAUGGCCGUGGCUGAUUCUAGUUGA